UUCCAGGUAUCCAGCUUAACAAGGCGCGUGGUUCGUUGUGAUGUGGUCGCAGUCGGUGAUCAACCGUUAGCUGGCCCGUUUCGUGGUCUCAUUCGACGCGAGGACAUUCGUGCAACACAGCGAGAUCAGGCAGAGCCGUCUCAGUGUUACCGCCCCGGAGAUUUGAUUCGCGCUCGGGUUCUCAAUCUACUUGGUCCCGGAGCUGGAUCGUCGCUCUCGGACGGGGACACAUCGGAUGCACCUCUGGUGGCAAAUAGCACUCUUUUGGCUGCUCAAGCAGUGUCUGCUUCAGUAGGAGCGACCAGUGAUGCUUCUUCGUCGGCCAGCGCUUCCUCAUCCACAGCUCUUUGUCUUCUUACCACAGCCGAGCCGGAUUUAGGUGUCGUUCUAGGGCUGGGUAGAACACCAACCAGCGCACUUGUAGAUUUGAUAGGCAGUACAAGCGGAUCCCCAUUGGUUCCCGUUGCUUGGACCGAGAUGAUCUGCCCUCACACGCUGCAGCGGUUUUCGCGUAAAGUUGCUCGUGUCCCGGCAGAUUUGUUGAACCAGUUGGUUCGCGUGGAUGUUGACUAA